AUGGCGAUGCCGGAAGCGGCAGGAGUUGCAGGAGGAUCCCUUCAGGCCUUGAUUGGGAACCUAUCUGCAGCAGCGCAAGCUUUGGCUAGUGCUGCAGGUACAGGAAGUACAAAGAGUUACGACUCUGCAGCUAAGCUGGUGAAGAGUCCGGAUGUGUUUGCUCCAAAGAACUUGGAGGAAGAAGUUUCACAGUGGCCCGACUGGAGUUUCAGUUUCAAAGUGUUUGUGGGUUUCAUUGAUCCCACCUAUGCAGAAGAGUUGAAGAAAGUGGAGCUGGCACCACCAAAGCCAGCAGAGUAUACAGUUGGAGAGAGAGAAAGAAGUACAAAGCUGUAUGCCAUAUUGGCCUCAUAUCUUCGGAAUAGGCCAUUGAAGCUGUUGAAGUCAGAAGGAAGUCCAGAUGGAUACUCUGUAUGGAGAAGACUGUUUGAAGAGUUGGAGCCGUCAAGCCGAACAAGAGGGCUGGCAAUGGCCCAAGCUCUAGUGAGCUUUCCUUCGAUGACGAAAGGGACGUCGAUUCUCGACUAUCUGCUUACCUACGAAGAACUGGUAGCAGAAUACGAAAAGCUGUCCGAAGGAAGACCCUACGAUGAGAAUUUGAAAAUCGGAACAGUGCUCAAAGGUUUACCAAAUGAGUUGAGAAAGCGUAUCCUGAUAGGAUUGACCCCAACAACGAAGUAUGCAGAAAUCAGGAAGAAGUUGCUUGAGUAUGAAAGAAGUACCCAAUCGUGGAAUGCGGAGAAUAUCCUGCAGUCCUUCAACAUGGACAGCGCAACAAAGAGUACACCCUACAAUGGGCCACAACCAAUGGAUGUCGACAGAUGCUGGCAGAAUCAGGGAAAAGGAAAAGGAGGCAAAGGCAAAGUGAGACAGGUGGAAGAGGACGGAACACAGCAAGGAGAUCACGAGAAGAGUUCCUCUAGCAAUGCCCCUCCUACAAAGAACGAGACUGGUCAGGUGAGGCAGAUUACAGCAGAAGCGGCACGACAGGCGCGAAGAGUAGAGAUGACAGAAGAUGAGGAUGAAGAGCUUGAUUUUGUGAGGUUGUGCCAGGAGUUUGAAGGAUUGGUGCAAGGAGAACUUCGAAGAGUUGAGGAGUUUGAUAUUUCUUCGAACGAUGAAGAAGAAGAAAGCGAGGAAGAGCCAACAGAUGGUCUGAUGGAGUGGUACCAAGGAUGGUGGUUCUUGGAAACUGAGAUAGAAAGAAGUGUGAGGAUGAUUUCUCAAGAGAGUGAAGUGAAGAGAGCAACGAGAGAAGUGGAUGCAUGUGAGGUAGUGCUCGAUAGUGGAGCUGACUGCCAUGUGUUGCCUAUGGACUGGGCAGAAGAAGUAGGAGAAACUUCGAACUUUGAGUAUCAUCUGAAAGAUGCGCAAGGGAAAGUGAUUCCAACACUGCCUGUGAGGCAGAACGUGACAUUUGUUUUUACAAAGGAGUCUGGAAAGAAGUUGAAGAUCACGGACAGUGCUGUUUGUGGCAAUAUCACCCAACCUCUGUUUGCGGUAGGAAAGAUGUGGAAGUUAGGUUGGAGCACAGUGAAUGAGGAUGGAAGAUUGAGGUUGAAGAAAGGAAGUGUUCGGAUACCGAUUUACUUCAAGAGGAAUUCCUCAAGGCUUUGGCACAAGGGACCGGCAAAGAAGGACGACGCUCCGACAAUGGAGCAACCGGUCAAGCAAGAGCAGCCGCCCGAUGCUGCCCAGUACGCAGAGUUUCUUCGAUGGAAGGAACAGCAAGAGAAGGAAAAAGAAGAGAGCAAGGGCGACCGAAACCCCGGGAGCCCAAAGAAAGCAAAGAUGGAUGAUGCCCAGCUUAACAUCUUCGACGACAUUGUUCUUGCUAUUCUGCUUCUGGUAGGCAGAGUGCAAAGACUGCUCGCAGUUUAUCGGCUUUGGUUGCACGAAGCUCGGGGUCGCUUGGAUAGUGCUUUCAUUCGCCUGUCUGGAUUGCACUCUUUGCUUCUUAGCUUCGGCAACAGGCUUGUGCGUGCUGAAGGAAACAUUGAGGAGGCGAGGGGCGAAGUGGCCCGCACAAUCUUCAACUUCAACAGCAGACUUGAGGCUGUUGAGGACGGUCUUGAGGAGGAUUCUGCGACUCUGCGCGGCAACAUGUCCAACAGUGCAUUGGCCGCAGCAGUUUUCGAUGCCGGGUUGGAGAACUCUACAGUGACGGCUCUGGUCCUGCCCUGGGAGCAAGGAGUUUUCUCUCAGAUUUUUGACGACGCGACGACUCGGCUAGUCCCGCUUGUCGCCAGGCCUUCAGAUGUCAGGCUCACCAUGGAAGAGGCAUCUGUGCUUCCUUCCAGUGAGGAGGCGACCAGAUCCAGCAUUGCAAGAUUUCGCAGUUCGUCUUCGGAAGUGGUUUUCUUGAAGCAUGCUGUCCCAGCAAUGGCUAGGAAAGUCAGGCUUUGUGAUGAAGACAUUUUCGAGCUUCACGUCCAGAGGUUUGAGCUGAUCCUUGCUCAUUCUUAUGAAGCUUCGAUUUUAGGGCGCAGCUUCCGUGGAGCCUCUUUGGAAGUGCGGCACACCAAGGUUAGGCUGGCACUCGGAGGCAAGGCGCCUCGCACAUUGCAGAAAAGGUUUGGCCAGGCUGCCAAACUAGUUUCAUGGGCCAACUCAGAGUCGAUAAAGGCCUUUCCUAUUGAUGGGCAGAUUGCUGAGGAAUUCCUCAGGCACCUCGUUGCUUCAAACUGCAAGCAUUCAGUGCUCACUGGUGCAGUCGAGUGCUUCGCGUUCUUGCAUCAUGUGCUUGGGGUCGACAUGGAGCCUGCUGCUUGUCGCAAUCCAAUUGUGCAGGGGAUCCUUAGGAAGGCCCGCUUGGAUCGGCCUGCAAAGAAGCAGGCGAGAGCCUUGCUUGUCGCUGAAGUUCUUGCCUUGGAAGCUCUGCUUGCGGACGAGUGCCGCCCACUCAUGGAUCGGUUUUGUGCUGGAGCCUUUCUCUUUGCAUUAUAUGGCCGGGCUAGGCUAGGGGAUCUGAAGGUUCUUGACUGCUUCUUAACCGAUCUUCUUGCGGAUAGUGAUAGUGGUUGUGGCUACCUCGAGGCCCUGUCUCUUUCGCACAAGUGCCGAAGCACUAGCAACAGCAAGGGCAUGCGCAUGCACAUCGUGGUGCCUGCCAAAGGCAUCGGCCCAAGGUGCUGGGGCAAGGACUUCAUCUCGGUUGCGAAAGAGCUGGGCCGCGACCUCACCAGCAUUGCAUCAGGGGAGCCUUUACUGUAUAUGCCAGAUGCCCAUGGAGCCUUCUCCAACGUACCAGCUGACACAGAUCGCUUUGCCGCUUGGGUGCAGGAUCUCUUGUCGACGGUGCCGGCAUACAGUGGGGAUAGGAUUACAGGGCAUUCUGCAAAGGCCACGCCACUUUCAUGGAUGGGCAAAGCCUGCACAGACUUUGACACGCAGACUCUCCUUGGUCACCAUGUGUUGGUAGGACGUAGCAGUGCCCUGACCUAUGCACGGGACACGCAGGCGGCUCCGGUCAGAAAGUUCGAGGCCCUCAUAGGUGAUGUGCGCCGAGGAGUGUUCCUUCCUGAUUCCACGAGGUCCGGGCGUUUUGCGCCUGAGGAGCCUGUUGUCCCAGAUGUUCAGUUGGAGGGUUUUAUGUCAGGUGUAGGAGACUUGGCAAGUGCAAUCCCCUCUCCUGCUGAGGGCGACCCUGAGCCGACGUUUGCAUUCCCGCCUUCCCCGCCUCCUCAGCUUGAUGAUUCCUUCACUCCCUUUCCGUUGCCUGGUUUCCCAGAUCAGUCUGGUCCAGAUCUUGGAAGCGAGGCCGAUGCUGAGUGGUUGGGUGAGCGGGACUGGUAUGCCGAGGCAGCAGCAGAGGAUCAAUCGCACCAGCCGGAGGAUGUUCCGGACUUGGAGACAGGUGCUGAGGGUUGCGACGUCGUUGGAUGCAACUUGCGGCAUAUCGCAAUGUGCUGCAUGUUCUCCCUCGAUGCUUUUGGAUCGCUGCUCCAUCAGUGUAGACUUCUGCAGAUUCUGGCAAUGGCGACCCUUCUGAAGAGUGAGGCUGCGUUCGAUGAGCGAGCUCGUGAGUGUGGGCUACCGGAUGAGGAGCUGGGUCGGCUGAAGACUGCGGGGAUCAAGACGAUCUCGCUCCUAGCUUUCUCGACCAGUGCUCCAGGUGUUCAGCCUUCUGAGGAACAACUGAGGUCCCUUCUCCGACCGCUGGAUCCUGAGUCGGUGAGUGUUGGAGUUGUGGCAGCAAUCAGACACUUGAUGUUUGAAUGUCAGACGCUUUGCUUGGCUCACGUCAAAGCUUCGGUUGAAGGAAAUGAAAAGAGGAUCGAAUUGGCACCAGCUGAGAGGACCACUCGGAUACUCCAGCAGAAGGCCAAAAUGAAGGGUCUUACCUUGGUUGGGCAGCUCGAGUGCUCGUAUGCUUCUUACGACUAUGUGGGGGCGAUGAUCGAGAAGGAUAGCCCUAUGUACUUGGAACCGCACCGGUUCGACACGAGAGCAGCUGAGGUGGCACGUGAGCGCCCUGGCAAAGAGCUCAUUUUGGAUCACAACCGCAUUUCUGUGCGUGACAGGGCAGAUAAACACAAGUGCGCGAUACAAGAUCCAUUGGCACUGUCGCAAGCCCUACAGCGACGGGCCCUUGCUUCCGAUCUCAUGGGGGCAUGCACUUACGAGGCGAUGCAUGCCUGGCACUCCUUUCUUUUAGACAGGAUGCAGCAGCAGGCCCCGCCGGGCUGGUCACGCCCAUCGAUUGAACAAGUACUCCGAACCGACAGAGCUGGUUGGGUUCGUAUGUCGGAGCAGGUGAAGUCACUUCGGAGAGAUUCGUCGGGCAAUUUGCCCCUCGAUGAUGCCCUAGGGAAGUUGACGAGCGACCCUCAUGUGUUGUUCCAUCUCUUACCCCUCAAGAGCUCUGAGGUCAAGCCCGAUAAGCCGGAUAAGCCACCAAAGCUUCCACAUGGUGAUCCGGAUAAGAAGAGAAAGCCUAACAGUCCCAACAAGCAAGAUUCUGGCAACAAGGUCCAGAAAGCAGAGCUUCCGGACGAGCUUAAGAACAUUGCUGGAUUGCGGAUGGCAACCGAGGCAGGUGAAAAGUUCUGCUGGCCCUUCAAUUGCAAGAAAGGCUGCAAGUUCGCAAAGGCGGAUUUUUCAGGUCAACCUGUUGUGGAUCCGCCCGCUGCGCCGACACCAAGUGCAGCCAAGCGUGUGAAGGUCUGUCAGACUGGGGAUGCCCUAAUUAGUCAUAACCACUGUGCCAAGCGAUUGACUUGCAAGUUCAUGGAUUCAGUUUUGCCUCUUGAACCGGCUUCGUCACCUCCGGCUGAGACCAUUCACCCUGCCGAGGUGUAUGCUGGUCAGAUUCUGAAGCUAGCACGAGCGCCCGCCCGCAGUGAGGUGCUGCACCUGUUCAACCUCCUUCCGAAGGAUAAACCCUCUCGUGGUGAGGGUACGGGUUGCGCUUUCGCUUGUGGCAUGUAUUGUCAGGGACCCUUGCUGGGCCUCCGGGCCAAUACCAAACGUUUUCCCUUGGCGUGCUCUGUGCUAGCUAGUUUUGUGAAGGCAAUCUCUCCUGAUUUUCAUUUUUCCACAAUCAACAUUUUCUUCAAUGUCAAGACGAGUCCGCACGUUGAUGCAAACAACGCUCCCAUGCCAAAUCUUGUUGCGGGCCUGAGCAAUUUUCAAGAUGGGCAAGUCUUAGUUGAAAGCUCUGGAGGCCCACGUGUGAUUGAAACCUCUUCGGGCAAGCUUCCCGCUGUUGCGCUGGAGGUGGCUAACACGCAUGCCAUUUUCGAUGCUUAUCGCCUUCGACAUGCCACUGCUGCUUGGCAGGGUGAUCGUGUCGUCCUUGUUGCCUUUUCGGUGCGCAAUGCCAGCAUGUUGAGCCCAGAUGAUCUGUCAACUUUACGGGAGCAGGGUUUUGCUCCCAAUCUGGAUGCUGUCUGCUCAACUGAUACUCCACCUGUUGUGGCGCCGCCAAUCAGCAGCAAGUGCCUACCUGCUGGUGCAGAACAGAGACUUCAGGGUCAUAGCCUUCAGUCGAUGCUGUUCCUUCAGAUCUUCUGUGGUGCGAGUCACCUGGCCGCUGCAGUUAAACGUAAAGGAGUUGGACAGUGCCUUGGCAUCGCCUCCCGUGUCACUGGUGCCACUCGGUGUCCUGUUCUCCCGCUUGACCUUAAAAAUGAAGAACAGCAUGAGCUCCUGUGGGAUGCUCUCAAUCGCGGCAACGUUUGUGGUGUGCACAUCUCGCCGCCUGCGAGUGAUGCACAACUUUGUGAGCUGUCGGCCCGGAUCCUGAAGUGGUGCCACGGCCGUGGCAUUCUCGUGUCAGUUGAAAACCCGGCUGCAAGCUCCGCGUGGCAGGGCCCCCUUGGCAAAACCUGCCUCGCCUUAGGCUUUCUCAAGACCUCAUUGCACCAGUGCAUGUUCGGGGAUCCUUGUGCUAAGCACUCAACUUUCUUCCACAACUACCCUGAGCUUCGUAGGUUAGGAAUUGCUUGUGAUGAUUCGCACUCUCAUGCUCCCUGGCAGUCGGGUGCCUUGCACGUGUAUCCACCUGACCUAUGCGAUGGAUUUGCUAGAGCAUUGCUUGAGCGCCUCAAGGCCUUUGGGUGUGUGCCCUCCACUGUGACUGAUGUGUCCAUGCACCGUGCUGCUCAGGUUGCUGCUGCCAAGCAGCCGAAAGGAAAACGCAUCCCGCCGAUUGUGCCGCCUGUUGCUGGCACUGUUGUGCUUCGAGGACCCGGUGCUGUCAUGCCACCCACUGGUGUCUUAAAGUCAUUUACGCCGUUGUCUUCAGAGCUUGUCGUCCUGCCGCCCAUGCAUGGCCUGCCUGCUGGAAGCAAGUGCCUUCGGUCAGUGCUCUUCGGGGGUGGGGCUGACCUUCCUUCGAUUCGGGAAAUGACUUUCUCCGUGCCAAAGUCUUGUGAAGACUUUGUGCAGCAAGCAUGCUUCGCUGAGCAUCCCAAGCACCUUUACAGUGGCAUCCCUGAUGUACUUGCGAAGUGUGUCAGCAAGUGUGCUUCAGAAAGUUACGAGAGUCUUGGUCGGGAAAGGACUGCUUCACUUCGGCGCUGGGUGGCUAGGGCAAAAGAGUUGUCAGAGCAAGUUGAUCCAGAUCCUCCUGUGGGUCACUGUGCGGAGGUCUUAAAAGGCAAGGACCUUAGGCUGUUCAAAGAAAUGCUUGAUGAAAGUGGGCAUGUUGACAGUGGGCUGCCUAGUCAGGUGAAGAGAGGCUUUGACAUUAUGGGUCCAUUGCCCACUUCUGGUGCCAUGCCUAGGAAAAACACUUUUGCAACUUUGACGCCAAAGGAAGUCCGUGACAAUGCAUCAUCGAUCAAUAAGGCAAUCUUGGGAGCCUGCCGAUCUUCCAAGGACAAACAAGUUGCCGAAGAGGUUUUCGCGCUCACCUGUGAUGAGAAAGAAAGGGGAUGGCUUGAUGGGCCACACGACUUUCCUUUGCCAGAUGGUGCUGUGCUCACUCGCAGGUUUGGCAUUCGGCAAACAAGCACACAGGCUGAUGGCUCGGUUCUUGAUAAAACGAGGCCGAUUGAUGACUAUACCGAGAGCCAAGUGAAUCUCACUAAUGCCAGCGUGGAAACCAUUUCGCCUCAUGGUGUGGACACCAUUGUUGCUGGGAUUUGCCGGCGCAUCACCUCGAGGCCUGAGCAGGCUGAGCCUGAGGAGCUGGUGGCUUGCACAGUGGACCUUAGAAAAGCCUAUAAGCAACUUCCGGUUUCGCUCGAAUCGCUGAACGAUUGCUUCUUGUGUGUGCAUAACCCCGAGUGCAAUCAGCCUUCCAUAUACCGCACACGUGUGCUGCCCUUCGGGGCCCGUGCUGCAGUUAACGGAUUUUGUAGAUGCUCGCUUGCUUUGUUUUGGAUAGGGGUUGUCAUGUUGCAGCUCCACUGGAGCUGCUACUUUGACGACUUUUUCUUGGUGGCAGCGCAGUCGGAGGCAGAGCAUGUGCAUUUGAUUCAACGGGGUUUCUUUGACUUGCUUGGCUGGUCUACGUCGUCCGAAAAGGACUCGGGAUUUAACUGCCUGGCUCGAGUGCUAGGGGUUUCCAUCUCGUUUGCUGACGUUCGGGCUGGUCUAGUCGUAGUUUCGAAUACGGAGCACAGGAUACGCGAUUUGAGCAAUCUUCUUGACUUGUUGGUAUCAAGGGGCUCUGCAUCGAGUCAUGAGCUGACAGUGCUUCGUGGCAGACUCUUGUUUGCUGACAAUCAGGUCUUUGGCAGGCGUGCCCGGCAGGUCUUCUCUGUCCUGUCCAAAGCCUGCUCUUGUAAGAAGAAUGUCAAAAUAACUGGUGAGCUGCUGCACGCGCUUCUGUUCUUCCGUGAUCACAUCGUGAAUGGUGAGCCAAGGCGUGUCAGUGCUUGCAAAAGGGAAAAGCUGACCCUCUUCACUGACGCCUCCUUUGGAAGCGAAGGUUCAGGACUUGGUGGGAUCCUUUACGACUCAGCUGCCAAGCCUCUCAAGUGGUUUGCUGAGUGGAUUGAUCCUUGUGACCUUGUCCCCUUCGGCUCUGAUGCUAAGGAGGGUUUGAUUUAUGAAUUGGAGAUCUUCGCAGCAGUGCAAGGUGUCGUGGACUUGCUCAAAGGCAAGUCGAACAUUGACCUAGUGCUGUUUGUGGACAACGAGUCAGCUUUGUCAUGCUUGAUAAGUGGCCGCGCAGAAGGCAUUGCAGCUUGCAUACUUCAGAAGCUUGUCUGCUUCGAGGAAGAGAACGAUAUCAACAUUUGGUGUGAGUGGCUACAGCUCACGGAGCUGGACCUCCACUGGGAAGAACUGGAACCGUCGCUUCGCGACAAGCUGCGCCUGAACGAACAGGCCCGAGAGGAUUUUAUCUCUGUCCACCGCAGAGGCUAUGAGAAAGCCUACGACCCAGCAGCCGGCCGCUUCACCGAGAAGGCGGCAGACGAUCACAAAAGAGAUUUUGCGGCCUCCUCUACUGAGGCCAACCUGGAGGGACUGGACCCUCGAAUGAACGAGGCAAUGAUGAAAUACCACACUGCGAGCGUGCUCCCGAACAUGACGAAGCUCUUUGAACAAUGUGGGAUUUUUUACACCCAGGUGCUGGCCGAGACGGCCCAGCAACAGAUGACGAACGAGCGGGUUGCGGCCCAGCUCCAGAGCCUGGAGAAAAGCCGGGCCAACAAGACGGUUUUACUGCAUGAGCUGCCCCCUUUUACAAGCAAGCGCACUCUGGACAAUAAUAUCUAUCAUUUUCUGCAGGGCGCGGAACUUACGGAGGAUGAUGUGACCGCCCUCCACAAUCACCUGGUUUCCUCUUCAGCGGCGGUGGUCCGCAUUGAGUUUCUCAGCGAGCUCAAGGCGCAAAAGUUUCUGGCUUAUAUGCGCAACUCGAAGAAGUAUUGGAAGGUCCCGGACCAAUCUGACACAAGGCUCCGCGCGGAGCAAGAAGUACCCACUGACGACCGCAUCUCCAUGCAGCCCUUCCACGCCUUAUUGGAUAUUCUGGGAGAACUGGAGGAUGAGCCGGACCUGCAGGUCUGGCGCCAGACUUUGCAGAUAUGGGCCUCGAAACAGGCCGAUGAGCAGCCCUUGCUGGCACAGGUGGCGUAUGUUUUGGACGCCAGAUUUCCUCGGAGAUACUGCUGCCUCCUUUUUCUGUGCGAGAAGCAUUUUGACAAUAUUCUGGACCGCUGGCACACAGCUUUUUCUCAGCGCAUGCGACAGACUAUGAACUUGAUUCAGGCCCUUCGCCGGGCCGUGAUCGACAGGACCACUACCUCCCGAUCUUCAUACGACAAGGCCUUCGAUGUUGGCAACGUAGCGUUUCACCACAGUAGUUUCCCGUACCCCAUCUUCCCGGUGAAGAUGGGCAAUGAGCUGGCAAAGCUUUUGGAGAGCCACCCGAUGCUCCCCUUUCAAGGUGCAGGCGGGCUCCUUUCCCUCACCCAGCAAGCUUUUCAGGAUUACGGGGUUAGUUCGGAGGAUUUCGGAAAGGGUGCUGCCAAGAGCAAGGGAUCUAAGGGCAAGAGCUCCGGAAAAGGUAGCUGGAACAAAGGUUCAGGCUCCAAAGGCUCCAAAGAAGGUAAAGACCGCACCCGAACCCCAAAAGGAAAACCCAGCGGAAAAGGCUCCUGGAAGGAGAGAGACCAUGACUCCCGAACCGACUGGUGGAAAAAAGAUGAUGAAGAUUAUGAUGACUGGGGCUCCGGAUGGAAAACCAAAGGCAACCGGGGCGACAUGCCAGUGAAGGCCUAUAUCUGCCCGGCCACCAACGCGGCAGGCCACAUUUGCGGCCAGCUCCUUGGCACAGCUGAGGACUGCCCUCUCUGCGCAGAGGCGCGCAGAUACUGGUCCUCAGAGCAGAUCCAGACCGGUUGGACUUCCCUCCAUAUUUUUAGGAAGUGUGAACUCCUGCAGCUCGACCGCAUUCUCUAUGAAAUGGAGGUUGUCGACCCCACUCUCUCCACCACCAGUAAUUUUGUUGAAGCUAUGCGCGCGCUCCUUAAGAAUAACAAAAUGGAAGAUUACUCCCCACAACAAUGGGCGGCGGCCUGGUUGACUCGCCUUGCCCAAUCAGACACUAAAUCCCUUUUGCCUCUCCCUAGGCCCACCAAGCUCCCCUGGACGGUCCCCAACUGGGACAUGGAAACUGAGGAUAUCGUUAACUGCUAUGGUCCCCUGGAGGACCCAGUGCUGCAGCAGACUUUCUACAUUGUCAGCUGGUUCUCAGAUUUUCUCCGAAGCAUUUGGCGCACCUCUGGGGUGCACCUCUCUAAGCAGUUCGAACUUGAGAAAUGGGCCGCCUCUUUUGAUGUGGCCCACAGCCCGCUCCUGCCCUGGCCUGAGCUCAUAGCGAGCUCCUUUGCUUUAGCAUAUGAACAUGCCAGCCAUUACUGUAGUUCCCCCGCCCCAGCCCUCAAAUGGACUAAGGAAAUCUUUGAUUGGAUGCUCCAACCCGACUUUGCUAAGGUCACCACGGACCUCUUUCAGGUCCUCGCAGAAGAGGCGGCAGCCCUCUUGGACGGAGAUCCACAGAUCCUCUCUCUAAUCAGGGGAGAGCAGCCCUAUACCAACAAAGGGGCCGCCAUCGCAGGCGGCUUCGGCUCUUUAUUUUUUGACGCGGUUUACUGGCAGCUCUCCGUGAUCUACGGGGUUGCCAAGAAUCCUCAAACCACCCAGCUCCAAGCUCCCAACAACGGCCUUGUGCACCUCUUUGAGUAUAUGCUCCCCCUCCUUAACCUUUACAAGGAAGAGGUCCGAUACAUCAAGGCCCGCGGCCAUGUGAAUAAAGGGAAUAUCAUGGAGGCCUUGACCCUGAUCUUGGCCGAAAGCGGCUCCCAUUGGCUAGUUUGGCGCUGUGCCUGGGCUAUCUUCCUCCAGCAACAUAAGGAUACGCGGCUGCCUUGGGUAGUACAGGUUUCUGUGUACUGA